CGUCGGCGGCGACGGCGGCCAUGAUGGAGCUGAAGCGGGGGAUUCUGAGUGUACACGGCACGUUUCUGGUGCGUCCCGUCCGUCCUUGAUGAGUGUGGCGCUUCUCUGACAGCCGUGCGCGCGUGCAGUGGCGCGAAAGGGACGUUGUCGUGACCCAAGGCCAAGUGGCGAUCUACCGGCGGACCCGAGGCACGCUCAAGACCAAGAUCAACUUGUGGGAUCCGCAUGUCUACAUUGCGUUUGCUGCAAAUGAAACGACACUUACAAUCACAUGCCAUCACGACGACGAGGUCAUUCUGGACUGCCGCACCCCCGCUGAGCGGGAUGCGUGGCUCGCCGUACUCUACGCCGCCCAAGCCAACGCCCCCACUGUGAUGUCCUCUACGUCUCAGAGCGCCGACGACGACUCUGACACGGACUCGGAUUUUGAAACCUCUGGCGGGUCGGACGACAGCACGACCGAAGGCACGCUCGCCGCGUUUCAAAACGUCCGGUCAUCCAUCAUCUUCGACGUGGGACAACUCACACGCGACGAAAUCAACCGAGUGUUGUUGCCCACCACUCAAUCCUUGGACGCCGCGGCCACGUCUCCGGUGCCCAUUCCGUCCUCCUCGACGCCCCAAACAUGCUCGUCGUCGUCCAAACAUCUUGUGGCGCUGGCGACCUACAUUGAGCGAACUGAGAAUGGCGGUCGCAUCGUCCUGCUACAUUGGGACGUCAUCGUUGAGCUUGGUUUGGGCAUGACGCUGCCAGCGCUCCUCAUGCUGCUCUCUGAUCGGCAAGGAACGAGGGUGCCAACUUCGAGCUGUGCGCCGGCGGCCCAUCGCAAGCCAAGCCUGACACAUAAAACGAACGUGUCGAGCUUUGUUCGUGACCUGCUCUUCCACCCUUUGUACAGCCAGCGGCUUCGAUCGUGCGAAGCGGCGUGUCUGGCCGUGAUCGAUUCACGGUUCCCGCAUUGCCGACUGCGACGCUUCAGCAACACGGACGACGACCUCCCAUCCACGUUCAAGUCAUCGUCGUCAUCGACGGCCAUCACGUCCCAGACAAUUCCAUUGCUUGUGCGCAAGCACAGCGUGCCGCAGACAUCGUCGUCGUCUAUGUCGUUGUCGUCGGACUGGUCGACGGAAGUGAAGAAGCGCAACUCGUUUCCCAGCAUCGUCAUGUCGGGCAUUUCGCUCGCGCAGUUGCAGCCGUCCACCGUGACCAAUUCCUUUGCGACCGUGCCACCGCUUCGCACUGUCAUGGCCACGUACAAACUGACGCCGCUCAUGUUUGCACAGCAGUGCACCCUGUUCCACCACGGCCAACUGACGGCGUUGCCGUUGUGGAGCUUUCUGUCGCCCGGUCAUUUCCAAAAAGAUAUCAGCGAUAGCUUCAAUCGACUCACAGCGUACUUGGUGUGGUCGAUUCUGGUCGAGGACUCGCCGACCGACCGCGCGGACGCGAUCGAUGCAGUCACGGCCGUCGCGAUGGCGUCCAGUGCCAAGUUUGUCAACAACUUUCACCUUGUCAUGGCGUGCAUUGGCUGUCUUGGCGACACGCCGCUCAUGCAAUCGCGCCUCCCGCUCACGUGGAAGCGCGUCAAGUCGAAAACCAAGGCGCAUCUGUACGAGCUCCGGUCGCUGUGUGACUACACUGGCGGGUUCGACACGCUCCGCCGCAAGCAGUCGCUCAUUUCCGCGACGUGUCCAUCGCUUCCGUUCCUCGGGAUUGUUGGUGCUGCCCUCGAGCGGCUCAAGUCGUCGCCGUACCUGGUGUUCAACGCCACGGCGAGCGAAAGCAGUGGAAGUGAACCGCCAAGCGAAGGCCACCUCGACAUGGAACGCCUUGAGCGGCAGUACAACACGCUCCACGUCGUCGAAAACGCCAUGACGACGCAAUACCCGCUCAUCGGGCAAAGCGACGUCCAGCACCUCCUCGGCACCCUUCCAAAGCAAUUGCAGUUUGUCACGCCCAAGCUGCUGCACAUGCGGUCGCUGCAGCUCCAGCACAGCGAGACACAGAGCUUGCGGUCGUCGGCGGCCGUAUUGUUUUCCAGUAAUCCGAGCGGUAGCAGCGUCUCCGACGGAACCGGAGGCAAUGCUGCAACGGCCACCGGCGCCAUGCGGCGCGUUUCGAUGACGACUGAGAGCGGCCGAGUGCUGUCGUUCCGUGCGAGUUGUGUAUUGUGGCAUUGCGUGGCCAAGCCGGAAGACCGACUCAGGAUGCUCGUGGAAGCGCUCUUCGCCGACGACAAGUCGACCCCGGCGCGGCUCGCCGCGACUUUGCAUCGCGACGUCAGGACAUGUGUGUUUACAGCGUCGUCAGCGGCCAUGUGCUUGCAAGUGACGCAAGGGCUGGAUGCGAUCUUUCGAACGGUGGUCGACACGAGCGGUGGCGAGUGUGUCGAAGUGACGGGGUGGGAAGAUCCAAAGGACUGGCAACCCAAGCUAUACGAGUGUCUGGUGGAUGUAGUGUUUGCGUCGAUGGCGCAGAUCGUGCAGGCCAAGCUCCAGGCCGAGUACAAGGAGCAGGACGGCCAGCUCCGCCGACGGCUCCAGAAUCAAACGGACACGCUGGUUCAUUACACCAUGUUCAACCCACUCAACCAACUCGUCCUCCAGGGCCAGACGCCGGUCGCGCUUCUCCGCCUCCUCUCGUCCGUGGUCCAAGAACUCAACUCGACGGACGCCAUCGCUCGCAAGCAGCUGCGGACACUGCUUGCCAACAGCACGUCGACGACUCCCCAAAGCGCGAUCGAGUUUGUGUCAUCGACAAUCGACUUGACCAAGUGCUCGACCGACCUCGUCCGGGGCAUCGAUCUCUUGAAGAAAGCCGUCCAGCUACCAUAGCGACCAGUCGGCGCCGUGAUGCGUCGCCCUAUUUAAGUGCCGUUUGUCUCUCGUAAUAACAUGACUGCCUUUCUAGCCAA